AUGGGCUGUACCUACGAUGCUGAGCACGACGAUUGUCGCGGCUGUAGUGACAGCGAUCCGGACGUAACAAACUUCCACAUCCCAUCCUCCCAGCUAUGGAAGGCACGCAUAGAGGUCCUGCUGUCGAGUCCUCAGGGUGUCGGUGCCGCUUCAUUCGUUUCCUUCGAUUUUGGCCCAGGCUGCAACGCAGAGUGGAAGUGGGAUCUGGACCAGAGGAUCCCCGGAUCCCAGACCUGGGAGAGCUGCGAGGCUCGGUUUGCCUACCCCUGCGGGAAUAACCACUGCUGCUGCAUGUUUGGCUGCAACUACGACAUAGAACAGGACGCUUGUAGCGGAUGCAGCUCAGCUCAGAUCAUGCUGCUGGCGUGCUCUUUGCAUGCUGUGACCAGAUGUGACAAGCAUGGACGCCCAGGCAAAGCUAACCACACUCUGGUGCAAGCCUUUCACAUUCCGGCAUCCAGUCACUGGGCGGAGAGGAAGCAGGCAGGGACCACUGAGGUCAUGCCUGGGCGAAGGGAGAGCCUGGCUAUGUUUACGUGUCAUAUGCUCUCAUCCAUGGUGCCGCACUAUCGUGCUGCUGUGAGGCCUGUGACACUGACAACCCCUACAGAUGUGGCCGCUGCCACGCUGAACUCAGCCACCUCUGCGGGUGGUCCUGUUGUCUGGAGCUCAGAGCUAUGCCCUGGGCCCCGGGCGCUAAAGUGGUGCGAGCGCAGGUUGCAAUGCUGGCUACGUCUGGGAUCUGGAGAAGCGAAGGCUCCCGUUGCUUCCGCAAUCUGUGAGCUUGGUGUCUGCCUCACACCUGGAGUCUUGGGCCUCUGUGACACAUCUGCCAUUCUCAUUGCAGGUGUGUGCAACACCGCCCUGAGCCUGUCUCGAACUCUAAUCGUGGACCUGCCAAUGAGGCUGCAAGGAGCUAAACAGAGCUAG